UCGUAUUCGCAUAGAAAUCGCAUCAUUCGUAUUCGUAUAGCAACCGCAUCGUUCGUACUCGAACAAACCGCAUCGUACGACAGAUGCGAGUAACGAAAUGAAUUUGUGAGUACCGAAUCGGUACUUCGAGUCAACCGAUGUACCCGUUACUCAGUAACGAAUACAUGCGGUUUGCUCCAGCUCUAAAAUAAAUAGAUAAUAGCGGAUGAUUGUUGGGUGUUUUAAAAUAGCAAACAUUUGUAAAGAUGUUGGAGUCUGUAUAUUAUUAUGAAAAAUUAAUCUUUUAAUACAGAACUUAUAUUCUGUGACCCCUAGUCUGUUUUGUUUGGAGAAAAUUUUAUUUUUUUAAUGAUUUUAUGGCACUAAAAAUGUCUGAUCUUGAUGAAGAAAUCUCAAAAUUAGCUUCAAAUGACUCUAUCUAUGGAAUACUAUCAAACUUCGAAAUUGAUAAAAAGAUCGGUAAAGGCCAGUUUAGUGUGGUUUACCGAGCCAAAUGCAAACUGGAUGGUAAAUUAGUUGCAUUGAAGAAAGUUCAAAUUUCUGAGAUGAUGGAUUCAAAAGCAAGAUUGGAUUGCAUGAAGGAAAUUAACUUACUUCAACAACUUAAUCAUCCUAAUGUCAUAAAAUAUUUAGCUUCCUUUAUUGAUGACAAUGAAUUAUAUAUAGUUUUGGAUCUGGCUGAUGCAGGUGAUUUAUCAAGAAUGAUAAAGUAUUUCAAGAAGCAGCAGCGUUUAAUACCAGAAAAAACAAUAUGGAAGUAUUUUGUUCAAGUAUGUGGAGCUUUAGAGCAUAUGCAUUCAAAGCGAGUAAUGCAUAGAGAUAUCAAACCUGCCAAUGUAUUUAUUACUGCUGAGGGUGUUGUUAAGCUCGGUGACCUAGGACUAGGGAGAUUUUUUAGUUCGAAGACAACUGCUGCCCACUCAUUAGUUGGAACUCCUUAUUAUAUGUCACCUGAGCGUAUUCAUGAGCAUGGCUACAAUUUUAAAUCUGAUAUCUGGUCCCUAGGCUGUCUUUUAUAUGAGAUGGCAGCCCUUCAGUCUCCUUUUUAUGGUGAAAAGAUGAAUCUAUAUGCAUUGUGCAAAAAAAUUGAAGAAUGUGAUUACCCUCCUAUUCCUUCUGAUAUCUAUUCUGAGCAGAUGAAGUGCUUAGUUGCAGAUUGCAUUAAUCCUGAUCCAGAUAAAAGGCCAGAUAUUAUAUAUGUGCAUAAUGUUGCAAAACGCAUGCACAAAGAAAUGUCUUUAGCAGCAGCUGCUUCUCCAACUGUAAUGUAAAAGCUCUCUUAAUCCAUGUAAUUUCUUAUUGUUGCUUUUUGUGAAAAUAUAAAAUGUAUAUCUAUCAAAUGAUCAAAAUGCUCAGUUUCACACACUGGAUUUAUAGUGUAUGGAAUUGGUCAUUUGAACCCGAAUCAGAUACCUCUUGGUACAUUGAAAAAAUUAUGGUAUUGCAAUUUACGAAAAUUUCGUAUGUGUAAAUGUCAAAAUGUGUUUCUAAUAUGAAAAUUUAUUUUGCAGUAUUGGUUAAAUGUUUAACAUGAUAUGCAUUUCUUAUCAAAUUUUACAUUUAAUAUAAUGUAUUUGUAUUUAAAUGUAAUUUUUGAUUGCAUUGUUUUGAGGGACCAAAUACAGUAAUUUAAAAAAAUACUUAAAUAAUAAAAAAAUGUGUUUAUAUAUUUAUAAAUAAAUAUGUUGAUAAAAUAGUUAAAAAAAGGUUAAUAGUUUAAUAUUGUCUGAAGAGGAUUUUUAAGUAGCUUUAUGGAAAUAGUUUAAAGAAUUCAUAUAUUUUAUAGAAAAUAGCAUGAUAUUAAAUGCAAUGAUUUUGGUUUGCAGUCAGCUUAAAUUAAGAAAAAGAUGAUAUAGGUAUAAUCUUUUUUUUCCCCAAAAAAAGUGGAAUGUCUUUUUUUAAUUACUUUUUUGUAAAAUAUUUCAUUAAUAUUGACAUUAUUAUAAAAUAUUGUUUCGCAACAUGGGUAUAUUGCCCGCCAAUGGGUGCAGAGAUUUUAGGGAACGUUAUUGGUCUGAAGGACAGUAAGAAAGAUAAGGAGAAGUAAGUAGACAAUAAAAACACAUUUGAAAAAUUCGAUAAAUAUCUGAAUAAGUUUGAAACAACCAUCUAAACAUUUACUUGAUUAUACAGGUAUUACAGCCAUAUGUGUUUUACAAUAAUCAUAUCAAAGAUGUCAAUCAACCUUUCACAUAGUUUUGUCUAACUUGGGUGCAUUUUUCUAUCCAAAAAGAACAAAGUUAUAAAUUAUCGAUCUAAUAUUCUAAAAUUAUGACCACAAAUCAGUACUUGAAAGUAGCAUAUUCUUCCAGUUUUAAAUAUUACCUUUGCAACACAGGAAUUUGUGUUUGUUUUGUCAGAUUUAUUACUACAAAUGAUUUGAGAAGUCCCAUAUUGUGUGAUGGGUUUUUAUUAAUAAUUUGAUGAAAUGCAAUAUGUAACUAAAAUUUUUCAGUGAGUGCCUACAAAUUAUGGUCAAAAGCCAUCCAGUAUGUGGUUACAAAAUUAAAAGAUGUUGUACAGACAUAAAAGACACAUUGAGGGGGGAAGAUAAAAAAAGAAAAAAUGGACUUAGAACGUAAAAUAGUGAGUCGAAAAAAGUUAAGUAACUGUGUUAUGAAAGAUUAAAAUUUGAAUUUAUCAUAUUUUCAGCAUAAAUGUUUGUUAGGAUACAUUUAUAAAUAUUAAUGAACUAAAUACAAGAGAGAUGCAAGUGCCUUGUAUAAUUUCCAUCCAGGAAAUCCAAUCAGUAUUAAAUUAUUAUAUUUUAAAGUAAAUUCAAGCAAAUGUUUGUUGUUAAUAAGUAAUUUAUUGUAAAUUGCUGCUAAUAAAUUUAAACAAAAAUAUACUUUUUUUUUUUUUUUUUUUUUUUUUUUUUU